GUAGUGAGCAGCGCCAUUAUCCAUUGGCAAACCCAGAGCCACAAUUUUCCAAUCUCUCAUUAUCCCUUUUCCCAUUUUAUAUAAAUACCCAUAUCUACCUUCUCCUUUUCCCUUAUCAUCAACAACCACCACCACCAAAUUUCUCUUCUUUUUUCUCCCAUAGUAGCAAUCUAUCAAGAAAACCAGAGGCCCCAUUACAACAAUCAUAGAAUUUUAGUUUUGGGGGGACUGAAAUUUUGAAGUAAUUGUAGUUUUGAGGGUAAAAUCCCAGGUUAACAAGUUGUAGACAUCACGGCUAUACACAAAGUAAACCGCCGACCACUUUUACAUGUUCCGACAGUACGACGGAAGGGUUGUGUAACAGCCACUAACCCUGCGCCGCACGGAGGACGUGGCGCUUUGCCCUCUGAAGGUGGUAGUCCUUCCGACCUCCUCUUCCUUGCCGGCGGCGGUUCUUUCUUCUCCAUCUCCUACUAGAUAUAGUUAUACUUACCGUACAUCUCUAGAUUAUUCCGUACAGUUUCCCCCCCAAUUAUAUUCUAAGCAAUUAAGGUUAUAAUAUCUAGUAUUCUCUUGAUUAAUCGAAGUAAAAGAACUAAAAAUGAUGCUCAAGAUUAAGAGGGUUCCUACACUUGUCUCUAACUUCCAAAAGGAUGAUGUUGAUGAAAUUGGUGCUCGUGGUGCUGGCUGUGGCCGGAAUUGCCUCAGAAACUGCUGCCUUCCAGGUUCAAAGCUGCCGCUGUAUGGUUUCAAAAAUUUGAGCCACGGCAAAUCUGUUGCCGAUGAAACAAAGGAACCUCCGGUUGACUUCCUGGAAUCCCUUCUUCUUGGGGAAUGGGAAGAUCGUCAGCAGAAAGGCCUCUUUCGCUAUGAUGUCACUGCUUGCGAAACCAAGGUGAUUCCUGGAGAAUAUGGUUUCGUUGCUCAAUUGAAUGAGGGAAGGCACCUCAAGAAGAGGCCAACUGAAUUUCGAGUUGAUAAGGUGCUGCAGCCUUUUGAUGGAAGCAAGUUCAACUUCACUAAGGUUGGACAGGAAGAGUUGCUCUUUCAGUUUGAAGCAAGUGAGGAAGAUGAAGUCCAGCUCUACCCAGAUGCGCCCAUUGAUCCUGAGAAAUCUCCAAGUGUCGUUGCCAUCAAUGUCAGUCCCAUUGAGUACGGACACGUGCUUUUGAUCCCUAAGGUCCUUGAAUGCCUUCCCCAGAGGAUCGACAGGGAAAGCUUCUUGCUUGCUCUGCACAUGGCUGCCGAAGCAGCAAACCCAUACUUCCGAUUGGGUUACAACAGCUUGGGUGCAUUUGCUACCAUCAACCAUCUUCACUUCCAGGCUUAUUUCUUGGCUGUGCAAUUCCCCAUUGAGAAGGCCCCAACUCAGAAGAUAACCGUCACUGAUGCUGGAGUGAAGAUAUCGGAGAUGCUGAAUUACCCAGUUCGAGGUCUCGUCUUUGAGGGUGGAAAUACUUUGGAGGAUUUGGGCAAUGUUGUCUCAGAUUCUUGCAUUUGCCUGCAAGAGAACAACAUCCCUUACAAUGUCCUAAUCUCCGAUUCAGGAAAAAGGAUAUUCCUUCUCCCACAGUGCUAUGCAGAGAAACAAGCUCUUGGAGAGGUCAGCCCUGAACUCCUCGACACCCAAGUCAAUCCUGCUGUUUGGGAGAUCAGUGGACACAUGGUCUUAAAGAGGAAGGAGGAUUACGAGGGUGCAACUGAGGCAAAUGCUUGGAGGCUUCUUGCUGAGGUCUCACUUGCUGAAGUGAGGUUCCAAGAAGUGACUGCUCUCAUCUUUGAAGACAUUGGUCUGAGUGUUGAAGAGAAUAAGGAUGUCAUUGUUGGUUCUCCUGAUGAUCUAGAUGUCACACCUCCUCAGCCCAUGGAGGAGAUUGAUGGCCUCAAUACCCAUGCUACCAUGGUUCCCGCCUAGGGCUUUCACGGCCGAGCUCUGAUGUUCGUCGGGUCUUAUAAUUUCAUGAAUUUCUAUCUAUAUCUGCCCUUGUGAAAUAUCACUAAAUAAGGCAAAACCAUGUUCAAUGUAUUGAUGAAUUUGGUCUGUUCCUCUUGUGGUGUUUUAUUGCUUUAUGGUAUAGCCAUUUCCUAUGUUUAUGUAUUGUGGGGGUUGGUGUGUGAAAUGACCUUGGGUACUAUGUAUGCUGUUUGUAAUUAAGACGAUACUAAUGGAAGUUGGAUUUCCUCUA